AUGAAGUCUUUGAGUAGUAUAGGACUUGGGUUGAGCAUAGUUUUUGGGUGCCUGUUACUAGCUCUAGUGGGUGAGCUUUACUACCUGCUUUGGUGGAAAAGGAGGUUCACAAACAGAAGAAUGACUACUGGGAGGGAUGGUUUAAGCAGCCCGGCCAAGGAAUUGUUCUACAUGUUCUGUCUCAAAAAGCCAUCAUCAUCAAACCAGGAGCUGUGCUCGUCAGUGAGAAUCACAGAUGCUCUAGUGGUGAACAAUGAGGUUCACCAAGCGAAGGAGUUUGUGUUCAAGCCAUUUGGCGGGGAUCAUGAGAGCAGUAGUGAUGAUGUGGUUGAAGGUGAGCUCAUGAUGCUGAGCAAUAACAGCCUUUCAGGCCCACCAAGGUUUCUGUUCACGAUUGUUGAGGAGACCAGAGAAGAUUUGGAAUCUGAGGAAGCCAAGUCGAGAGCUGGUGGUGGUAAAGGGUCAAGAGGGAGAAGCUUGAGUGAUUUGAUGUUGACUGUGGAGACACCAUAUCUCACCCCUCUUGCUUCUCCACCAUUCUUCACCCCUCCUCUCACUCCAAUGGUGGAUCCCAUUUCCAGUGGUGGUAGCAAUGGCCAGUUGGAGACAUCAGCUGAGGCCGAGUUCAACAAGUUAAGGUCUUCCCCACCUCCAAAGUUCAAGUUCUUGCAGGAUGCAGAGGAAAAACUGCACAGGAGGAGAAGACUGGAAGAAGUUGACGAUAAGGGGAAGUUGCAGAUAAUGAAAAGGGUUAAUAGGAACCAGAAGAUGGCUGAAAAUUCAAAGCUUGUCCAAGGUGAAGAAGUAGAUGGUCCUUUUAUCACCAUUAUAGUGGACAAGUACAGAGACAGAGAGGUCAGUAGUGGUUCAAUGUCACAGGUACUUCCUCUGCCUUCUUCACCAUCAUCCAGCAAAGGCAAAGCUCCAUUUAUGUCAUGA